AUGUUAUUACACAGGAGUAUAGCACAAGUGGCAUCUAGGAAUAGUUAUUUAUUUCGAUUACCCUUGAAUCUGUUAAUUCGCCAAACUAAACUGAUGCCAUUAGAACAGCAAACAGCGAAACAAUUUAUGUUUGGUUACGAGACAACACUCACCACUUUGGGCAAUACCUUCUUACCUAAUUGGAUCUCAUUCAACAAAGUUGGUUUGAUAGACAGGAUGUAUGACUUCGAUGAUGACUUUGAAACCUUCUAUACAGGUGCAGAUGAUGAAUCUAUAUCUGGUUUAUACGAGAGCUAUCUAGGUUUGCCCAGACUUCGACAAUGGGAUAAUGAUCAUUGCAGUAAUAUUCAGAAUGCAUCGGAUGGCACAAAAUUCAAGAGUUUCAUUAAACCAAAUGAGCAACUUUUGUUUUUCAGGAAAAGUAUGUGCCGAGCGCAGCGAAUGGUGCAGGAUAACAGCAGCUACGAAAUAUAUGGAAUACAAGCUACUAAAUUCGUAUUCGAAAAAAACGCUCUUGAUAACGGUGAAUUCGAUAAAAGAAAUAAGUGCUUCUGCAGGCAAGGGCAUUGUCUUCCUAGAGGAUUGAUUGAUGUUACUGACUGUUACUAUGGAUUUCCAAUUGCUCUCAGUUACCCACAUUUCCUUGAUGCGGAUCCUAAUCUGUUACAGAAAAUCAUUGGUUUACACCCGAAUGAAUCGAAACACGGUAGUUUUUUCAUGAUAAACUCGCUUUCAGGUUUACCGCUAAAGUUAUCCGUAAAAUUCCAAAUAAAUAUGGCUUUGAAUGACUUAUCCGGUGUUGCUGAAUGCGAGCGAUUCUCUGACGUAGUCAUCCCAGCUUUGUGGUUUGAAAUAAAAAUGAUGCAGCUACCUAAAUCGUUAAGAAAUCGUUUUAUAUUUUACUUGCAUUAUCUACGAAUACUUGACCGUGUGAUGUAUUAUGUAUUCUUCAUCAGUGGUGGAUUGUUGCUGCUGUUUUCUGUUCUACGCGUUUCAUUCUCCCUGUCAGUCAACUUCUCAUCGUACCGAGUUUCUAAUUUAAGCAGGAGAUUCGAAAAAAGUAUUCCUAAAAAAGCAACCCAACGCAGACGACAAAGUAAUUCUAAACAUGAUCAAGGAUCGGAAAAGGAGCGACAACACUUUUUACUGUAA